UGAGGUAACUGCUAAGGGGUACUAUAUAUCAAUGUCUGUUGACAAAGCACGAAGAGUAAUUGAUCAGAUCCGCGGGCGUUCCUACGAGGAAACGCUUAUGAUAUUAGAACUCAUGCCCUAUCGAGCAUGUUAUCCCAUUUUUCAAUUGAUUUAUUCUGCAGCAGCAAAUGCUCGUCGUAAUAGAAAAUUCAACAAAGCAAAUUUAAUCAUUAGUAAAAUCGAAGUUAAUAAAGGCAGUACCAUAAAAAAAUUAAAACCGCGAGCUCGAGGACGUAGUUAUAUGAUAAAAAAACAUACGUGUCACAUAACUGUUGUAGUAAGAGAUAUA